UUCAAGUGAAGCAACCGACACAAAAUUUAAAUAUUACCAACAACAAACAUGGAAGAAGCCCUGAGGAGUCUGAGGCCGCGGCAUCAUUGUGUGGGCCCGGCCGUUUACUUCCCACUGGCACUGCUCCUCUCCGCUCAUCGCUUUCUCCCCACAACUCUCUCCGCUCCUUCCUCUAAACGCAGCGUUUCAUCCUCCUCCCCCGCCAUGGCCACUGCCAAGGCUCAGCCUCUUCCUCCUCCUCCGGUGGCCAACAAGGUGAAGCACGAAAUGGAGAUGUUCGGCGACGUCAGGAUCGACAACUACUACUGGCUUCGCGACGAUUCUCGUUCCGAUCCCCAAGUUCUUUCCUACCUUCGGGAUGAGAACGCCUACACUGAUCUCCUCAUGUCCGGCACCAAACACUUAGAAAAUCAGAUUUAUGCUGAAAUAAGAGGACGAAUCAAGGAGGAUGAUAUAUCUGUACCUUUACGCAAGGGGCCUUACUAUUACUAUGAGAGGAAUUUAGAGGGAAAGGAGUAUGUUCAAUAUUGUAGGCGCCUUGUGCCCAAUGUUGAGGUUCCACCUUCUGUGUAUGAGACUAUGCCAACUGGACCUAGUGCUCCUCCUGAGCAUGUUAUCCUUGAUGUGAAUAUCAAGGCUCAAGAGCAUGCAUAUUAUAGCAUUGACGCUUUUAAGAUCAGUCCAAAUAGUAAGUUGGUAGCAUAUGCAGAAGACACUAAAGGUGAUGAGAUCUAUACUGUUUAUGUCAUUGAUGCUGAGACUAGAGCUCCUGUAGGGAAGCCUAUAGUAGGUGUAACACCAUAUCUUGAAUGGGUUGGUGAUGAAGCUUUACUUUAUAUCACAAUGGAUGAGACUCUUCGGCCAGACAAGGUGUGGCUACACAAGUUGGAAACAGAUCAGUCAAGUGAUUCCUGUCUUUAUCAUGAAAAGGAUAAUAUGUUUUCUGUUGAUCUUGAAGCUUCUGAAAGCAAGAAAUUUGUGUUUGUUGGAUCUGAAAGUAAAACUACAAGGUUCAUCUUCUAUCUUGAUGUUUCAAAGCCAGAAGGAGGACUCAUGGUUUUGACACCCCGUUUAGAUGGCAUUGACACAUCAGCCAGCCAUCGUGGGAAUCAUUUUUUUAUUAAGCGCAGAAGUGAUGAGUUUUUUAAUUCGGAAGUACUCGCUUGUCCACUGAAUAAUAUAUCUGAAACCACAGUUCUUCUUCCACAUAGAGAAAGUGUGAAAAUUCAAGACAUACAGCUUUUCAGUGAUCAUCUUGUUGUAUAUGAGCGUGAAAAUGGUCUGCCUAAAGUUACUUUUUAUCGCCUUCCAGCAGUUGGAGAACCACUUGGAAGUCUUCAAGGUGGUCGGACUGUCGAUUUUCUUGAUCCUAUAUACUCUGUGGAUCCAUCAGAGUCACAAUUUUAUUCCAGCAUUUUACGGUUUUCUUAUAGCUCAUUGAGGACUCCUUACUCUGUAUAUGAUUAUGAUAUGAACACAAGUGUUUCCGUUUUGAAGAAGAUUCAAACAGUAUUGGGGAAUUUUGAUGCAUCGAAAUAUAUAACUGAAAGGAAAUGGGCCAAUGCUCAAGAUGGCACUCAAAUUCCCAUAUCAAUUGUUUAUCGGAAGGAUCUAGUGAAACUUGAUGGAUCUGAUCCAUUACUGCUUUAUGGCUAUGGUUCCUAUGAGAUCUGCGUGGAUGCCCAUUUCCAGGAGUCAAGGCUGUCCUUGUUAGAUCGAGGUUUUAUAUUUGCAAUAGCUCACAUCCGUGGGGGUGGUGAAAUGGGGAGGCAGUGGUAUGAGAAUGGAAAGUUGUUGAAGAAGAAAAAUACAUUCACUGAUUUUAUUGCUUGUGCCGAGUAUUUAAUAGAGAUGAAAUACUGUUCAAAGGAAAAACUGUGUAUUGAAGGAAGAAGUGCAGGAGGGUUGCUUAUUGGUGCUGUUCUUAAUAUGCGGCCUGAUUUAUUUAGGGCUGCUAUUGCUGGAGUACCUUUUGUAGAUGUGCUUACUACAAUGCUGGAUCCAACUAUCCCUCUUACAACUUCAGAGUGGGAGGAAUGGGGUGACCCUCGGAAGGAGGAGUUUUACUUCUACAUGAAGUCAUAUUCCCCUGUGGAUAAUAUCAAGGCACAGAAUUAUCCAAACAUUCUUGUUACAGCUGGUUUGAAUGAUCCACGUGUUUUGUACUCAGAACCUGCUAAGUUGGUGGCAAAGCUGAGGGAUACAAAAACAGAUGAUAAUAUACUUCUAUUUAAAUGUGAAAUGGCUGCUGGGCAUUCCUCAAAGUCAGGGAGGCAGGACUAACAUGAUGGCUUUUACAAUAAAAGGAUGGAGUUGUAUGAAGAGGACAAAAAUAUUCUCUAAGAGGAUUAACUAGCAACUACUAUUAUUUUUAUGAGAGAUGACAAUGAUACUAUUAUAAGUAAAAAAGAAGUAAGCAUGAUGAAUGAUUUUUCCCCCUUUUUACUUUUCAUUAACAUAUACACUUGUUAUGGUGGUGGAAUGGUAUUCCCUAAUUCCUGGUAUAUGAUAUCCUCAUUUGGACCAUGUUCUCCUGGUUUCAAAUCUUAAACAUAUAAAAUAGUUAAAGAAACAAGUGGAUAAACAAAACGUCUAUGAUUUUGUCAUGAUUCUGUCUCAUACAACCCAGUUUAAGCUAGCCAGUUCUUGACCGAUUACUGUAGGGAAAUUCUUCAAGUUAUGAUUUCAAAUAUCAGGUCGUUUUUUUAAGAUGCUGAUUAGUAAUGGAAUAAUGGAUCCCUUUACAAGCCUGCAGCAGGUCAGUGCAGUCCGCUUAAUUAUUCCUUGGUGGAGAAAAAUAAUGUGCGCUAUACUCUUUAUUGUCUGGAUGAGCCAAAACUUAGACUAGUCAUUGUUAUCAAAUCCAUGUAAUUUUUUGCCAAGGAUCGAUAAGUUUGGCUCAAUGGUUUGAUGGUCUGGAUUGGCUGCAAGCCUGCAAGACUACCAAUUACACAUCUAAUACAUGGUCCUUGGAUCUGCAUAUUGUAAUAAGCUUAUCUAAUCUCUUACAUUUUUUUUUGUUUUCUGUUUCCUGCCUGAUGGGUAUGAAUUCAAGUGGGCUAUUCUCCAUUAUUUCAGGCAACUGUAUGUUCUCUUUCACUAUGUUGACCCGUUGACCCUUGUGACUACCUAAUUCUCUUUGAAGCUCUUGAUUUCAUUUGUUGUGCCCUCAUUGACACUGUUAAUGUUCUUUAUCGUAAAUUAGUAUACUUAAAUGACAUGCUUAGUUUCUUC